AUGCUCAAUUUUGAUGACAAUCCUCUUCACUAUGGUGUAAUCGUGUGCAGUCUUGGUGUUAGAUAUCGCUCUUAUUGCUCCAAUGUGAUCAGGACCCUCUUAGUUAAUCCCACGAAGGAGCAAUCUGACAAUUAUGAAUAUUUGCACACGCUUUUUGAAUGGGCUAUUGGUGAAAUGAAACCCGGUAUCACCUUUUCUGAUUUUUUUCAUUCUGUGCUGUCUAAGGUCGAGAAGGAGAGGCCCGACCUUAGUGAUAAGUUGGUGAAGCCAUUUGGGUAA